AUGGGGACACCUUCAGCUGAAACCAUUUCUGCAGUACGGCAUCUUGUUUUUGUUCGAAAUGAAAAGGCAAGAAAAUACUUGAUGGAAAUGCAGAAGAAACAGCCAGUUCCAUUUGCAAAGAAGUUCCCCAAUGCAGAUCCGUUAGCAUUGUGGCUUUUGAUCCCAAGGACCGACCAACUGCCGAGCUGGUGUGCUUUAGCUGACCCUUACUUCAAAGGCUUGGCUAAAAUCGAGAGGGAACCUUCUUGCCAUCCAAUCUCAAAGGUCGAGUUUGACUUCAGUUUGCGUAUCUCGAGGAAAACAGUGGUAGAAGUGCCCCGGUUUUCCCUUUGGAGAGGAAGCAUGCUUCUCUUCCAAGAUACCAUUGCUGGUAAUCCAAAGACCGCACGGCCUCCACUUAGGGUGCCAGUGCCAACGGGUAGGACUGAUUCUGUUCUGCUUCUACCUAAGCAAAACCAGGUAGAAUUGUCGAAUCUAUCAUACCAUAAUAGAAUGGGAAAAAACGCUAAAGAUGGUUUCGAUGUGAAGAUCCUUCACCGAAAUGCAGUCCUUCCUCUGCAGACAAUGUCCCCUCAUUGUUACUUCCGGACCAGCACCACAUUUCAAGAGAAAUCCAGAAUACAAGGCAAUAGGAAUCCACAGACCAGGCUGCAACCUCAGUAUACCAUGCCAAUUGUUGAACCGAAAUCUCAAACGGGUGGCACGCCGAAUGUUGCUAAAAUACUUAAAGAAAGAGUACUGCUUGAAUCCAUAACCAAUGAAAAUCUCAGGUUGGUUUGUUCAGACCAUACUGCUGGUCCUCUCAAAGUUUACUGUGGUUUUGACCCAAUUGCUGAUAGCUUGCAUUUGGGAAAUCUUUUGGGUCUCAUUGUACUUUCUUGGUUCCAAAGAUGUGGUCACAAAGCUGUUGAUUUCCUUAAACAGGUCGGUCGAUAUGCUCGGGUGGGAAGUAUGAUGAGUAAGGAGAGUGUUAAGAAGAGGUUGGAAUCCGAACAAGGGAUGAGCUAUACUGAGUUUACUUAUCAGUUGUUGCAAGGUUAUGAUUUUCUAUACCUUUUUGAUAAUGAAGGUGUGUAUGUACAGAUUGGUGGGAGUGAUCAGUGGGGUAAUAUUACUGCUGGGACUGAGUUGAUAAGGAAGAUUUUACAAGCUGAAGGAGCUUAUGGCUUGACAUUUCCUCUUUUAUUGAAGAGGGAUGGUACCAAGUUUGGAAAAUCAGAAGAUGGUGCGAUUUGGCUUUCGCCUUCUAUGUUGUCUCCAUAUAAGUUUUACGAGUAUUUCUUCUCUGUUCCGGAUGCAGAUGUGGUGAGGUUUCUCAGAAUUCUUACAUUCUUGGAUAUGAAAGAGAUAAAUGAGCUGGAAAGGGCAAUGAAAAAUCCCGGUUAUGCGCCCAAUGCCGCCCAGCGGAAGCUAGCUGAAGAAGUCGCUCGUUUUGUUCAUGGCGAAGAUGGUUUAAGCGAGGCUAGUAAGGCAACUGAAGCAUUGAGACCCGGAUCAGAGACGAAAUUGGAUUGGAAAACCAUUGAAGGGAUCGCCGAGGAUGUUCCAUCUUGCUCCUUGCCUUACUCCGAAGUGUUUGAAUCUUCUAUCGUUGAUCUUUGUGUUUCAUCUGGUUUGUUCGGGAGCAAAUCUGCUGCUCGUCGUCUAUUGAGGCAAGGGGGCUACUUGAACAACAAAAGAGUGGAUAAUGAAAGUAAAAGAAUAGAGGCCGAAGACAUUGUAGAUGGCAAAGUGCUUCUUCUAUCUGCAGGCAAGAAGAACAAGGUGGUUGUUAGAAUCUGUUGAUUCCUUGCAAGAGUGCCUGAUUAUUCAAUGAGAAACUGUUUCGAAUUAAUGGUAUAUGAGCAA